UAAAGCUUUCGUUCACCAUUGUUGUUAGGGCGGCUUUGAUCGGUCCUUCUUUAAACGUGUGUUACAAAACCAGCUGGUUCCAGGAGCCAAUGCUGGCACUACAGAAUGAGUUCAAAAGUCAAGUCUGAAAAGACAAAGGUGAAGUUCGCCCAGUCAAAUAUUAAUCAUGUCUAUAAAGGAAAUACUACAGAAACUCAUCAUAAACCAACUGUGCGACAAUAUGGAAUGCAAGUUGUCGGAAAGCUGCAAGGAACUCGUCGACUGCCGCCACCGGCUUGGGUCCCUAGUAUCAAAGCUGAAACAGGUGGUUUGGACAGUCGAGUCUCUCUUGUUCCCCCGGGUGGGGGUGGGUGGGGAGCACCAUCCACAUCAACAUCUAACUCUGAACAACCAGCGGCUCUAUCAUCUACAGAGUCUGACAGCCGUCCGACUGUACCAAGCUUAUCCACCGUGAAUGGCGCAUUAUACAGUGAAACAGUUGGUCUUUCUCUUGACUCGGCUUAUGCCAAAAUUGGUCACGGUGUCUCAGAUCCCGGAGUGACGAAUACAAUAACUACGAACGCAGAUACAUCUGUUGGCGUAAAUGGUUCAUUGAAGACGACUGAAGGUCUUCAAGCAAUCCAGGAUGGAUCAUUGAAAAGUAAAGUGCCGAAUCAUAUGUCCAAGCUUCAAAAUGAUAAGCCUAGCUCUGGUGGUGGCGGAGGCUUGGCAGCCAACAAACCAUUUUUCCAAAGACCAACUCCAGUUGUUACCACCCCUGCUAGUACUCCAACGACUACUCCUACAAAAUCUGAAAAUGCAAUCAAGCCAGUUGUUGGUAGUGGUGCCCGUGAAAUCGUUGGUGAACCCAGUGGUUGGGUAGCAAUUAGUCAAGAUCAACUGGAUUUUGAUGAACGCAUCGUAUUCAGCGAUGGUGAAGACUGUGAUGAUGCGACGAAAGCCAAUCACAAGUCAACUACUGCAACAUCACUUCAACAUAUCUCAUCGUCGGAACAACCUUCACAGUUUCCCGUUUCUCCUCCUGUGGCUUCUGCCAGUAUCAAAAGCAGUAACAUACACCCAACCGGACAUGGAGCUGUAAAACCCUUUGUUAAUCCACUAACCAGUCUUUCAGGUAGCAGCGUCCCAUCUCAUGCAUUGUCUGCGCCUCAAAAGAUGUUCAUGGAAAACCCAAGUUUGAUGACAUCCAAUACUGCCUGGUCGGUUGCAGAUAUCUCCUACGGCGUUAACUCUUCAGGGAGUUGUUUUACAAGGCCACCUCCAACAACGCAGAAUCCUCUUUACAGUAACGUGCCCUCAAUGAUGAAUGCUCCAUAUAGUGGAAUGCCUAGCGAAAUCAAUCGUUCUCUGCCUAAUGCACAGUUUAUUAACAGUGCUUCAUCUACUGGUGUUAUGGAUUCAUUCUAUUCCACACAUCAACUCCAAAAUCGUUUAGCAGCAUCAGCAACACCAAUAGCCAACCUUUCAGAUACUGUAAGAUCUACAGCUGAUGUGGAUAGUGAACUGCAACAAGCCCAACGACAGGCGAGAACACAAGAAUUCAGAAAUGCUGUGGAGAGAGCUCAGCAAGCUAGAGCCCGCCAGCGACUAUCUGAAAGUUGUUCAGCUGAUAGUGGUGACACUAAUUUACCAAAGUCUGCUUUAGGCCUGUUGUCUAGCAUGUCAGAGAAUAGAACAAUCGCCUCUGUUCCUGCACCUUUCAGUACAAUGGCAUGUCAACCUGGUCCUAACUACAUGUUUCCGCCUAGUGAUCAUUCAUCGUCAGUUAACCCUAUGCUCAGUGUUCCUCCACACAAUCUACUUCCACCAGCUUUCCCUACAUCAGGGUCUCUUGACAUUACUACCGCAAUUGCAGCCGCUACAGCUGCAGCCAUGGCAUAUACAACAGGCGGUUCAGAUAACAGUAGCAGCGGUGGUAUCCCAGGAAGAAAUGUUGAAAUGUCUAUGAGUGUUCCUACGGGAAUCCCUCAUACACCACAAGGAGUACCAGUGAGUUCGAAUACCGCUAGUGGAGCAUGGCAGCAAAUUCCAUUUGCGGCACUAGGUGCCAAUUCGAUGUCAACAGCAGCUGUCAUGCGAUUACUCUCUCAGCAUCCACAUAUGGCACAAUUGUUACAAAAUGCUUUGGGUAUAUCUGCUGCAGGUGGCGGUUCUCAAGUGCAUAAGUCGUCUUCUCAGCAGCAGCAGCAGCACUCUCAAAAUAUGUUUGUCAAUCCCGACUUUUUUGUUGAACGUUUUCUUGAGAUUUUAAAGAACCAGCCUCAAUUAAAUCGGUCUCAGGGACCACCACCAUCAGCACCGGUUACUUCCGAAAUGAACACUCUGUCGUCGACUACUUCAAGUCUGCAACAACAACAAGACCAGUCGCCCACUGCUACUGUUAAUACUACUAAUACUAUUAAUACUACUACUCAAGUGCUUAAUAAGCAUCCUGAUGAUUCCGCCUCCGCAUCAUCACAGAAUAUGGGUGAAUUUGAUGGUAGGGCGAGUGAUAAAACUCAUCGGGCUCAUAAAACCUCACAGUUAUCCAGUAGUAGGUCAGAUGCUCCUCCGGCUGUUGUAGCUACCACAGCUGCUGCUGCUAGCAGUAGCGAUUCUCCGAAUCAAGGAACUUCGCGUGUGCCAGGUUUAAUGGAUAUCAAAGUAUCGUGUGCAUCGUCUCAACAUUUAGCUCAUAUAUGGGAUAAAGAGGAUAAUCUACUGGAGUCAGGAAGUCGCGGCUACCGUGGUGGUGGACGUGGUAAAAGUAUGACUUCAUAUAAUAAGCCCCAGCGUGGAGGGAAUACUCGAAGUCGUGGAACUUCUAGUAAAAAUCACUUAUUAGAUUCAGCAACUCUUGAAUUUAAAUCUAUGAACCUUCGUGAUACAAGUAAUCCAAAAUAUCCUUUGGAAGAAGACGACUAUGGUGGUUCUUAUCGUUCACAAGGUGGUCCAUUGAAAUCAAUAAAACCAUGGAAUUCAAAAUCUCGCAGUGUUGAUGAUACAGCUUUAGAUACUUAUGCGACAAGCAGUCGAUCUAAUGCUCGGUUCAUUAGUGGUGAUGAUCAUCACAAGGCGGAGAGUCGGAAACAACGGAAUACUCCACUUAAAGAUAAUUGUUGGAUGCAUACUGGCGCAGUGAAUGUGGAUGUGGACGUAAAUAACUCACCGUUUGUCUCCACUACAAGUGAUGAAAAUGAUGAAAGUGAUGAAUGUGGUGUUCUAAGUGAUGUCCAAGAAGGCGAGGCAACUGAAGAUGACAAAGAGGAAGGUGCUGGUUCUAAUGCCGGGAAGAAGAAAGUCGAUGUUCGUUCAAGCAAGCAUUCUUCACAUCCUAGUAGUAGUCAAAAUGCAGAUAGUAGCAAAGAUAAGAGCAGAAGCUACAACACCUAUAGUAGUAGACGUGGUCGACGUGGACGUGUUGGAACGACGAGUAGUCAUUUUACUAGCUCAAGAAGUUAUACUACAGAUGACUUCUCUUCCUAUGCAUCUAAGCGUUAUUCUAAAGGUUCUGAACAUGAUUACUAUUGGCGCCAACAAUAUGCCUCAGGUUCGAAAGGACUUCGAACAAGUCAGUCUACUGGAGGGAGUGUUGAUCAGCGGAAACAUCGCAGUAAUGACGAUAUGGUUUAUAAGUCGUCUGAGCGUGCUAAUCAUCGUAGUGCUGCAGUAUCUGGUUAUUUCACUGGCGGUGGUCGAAUGACACGAUCCUAUGUACAAUAUGAAUCAUCAUCAGCAUCAACGCGGGAGCAGAACGCCACAAAUCUUAUGGAUAGUUCAUAUUACUCUUCAUCAAAUGGUAGUGGGCGUCAAAUGAGAUCACAAAAAGCAUUAUAUUAUGGCCAUAGAGGACAGUUUUCUAGUACUGCUGCAGUUGAAUAUUAUUCUUUCAGUGAUGGAGAACAAGAACAGGAGUUGGAGAACAGGUCACAUGCCACUCGUCGAACAAGCAACCAUUCCGACGUCAGGGCACGAAGUCAUGCUGUCAGUGGACGUUUUCAUAAGUCAUAUCGAAGAAAUCCAGCGAAUGUAUCAGCAGCGGCAAAGUCAUCAGAUGCGAGCAAUCCGUCUAGUAAUGAUCAUGAACAGACAACGAAUACCGGAGACAAUGUAGAUGAUUCGGAUGUGCCUACUGUUCGUGUACCCGCUUCAGACUCCAGUGGUUAUAUGAACCAUUAUACACAUCCACGUAGUAAUAAUACUAAUCGUCUCGGUACACAGAAAGUAUUAGCUCUAUCAAAACGUAUUACGACUAAUCGAGCUAGCCAACAUCAACAACAGCAAUCUAAACGUCUGGAUGGCUCUGCGGUCGUUCAUAGUUCUCGUCGUUAUCGGGAAAUGCGUGACCGAUACAAUGAUGAUGAAAAAGACGAUGAUGGCGGUGGAGCGGCUGCUGGUGGUGGUGGUGCCGGGAGGUCAGCUGCUUCAGGCAGUGGUGGCAAUUCCACCUCGGUGAUGUAUAAAGGCGGUGGUGGUAGUGGUACAGGGAACAACAGUGAUACUCGUGGUGGGAAUCAGAGUGGCGGUGGUGGUGGUCACAGGGAUUCCACGACUGUUGAUUUUGUCGAUGGAGAAAAUCUUCCCGAUAAUAAUAAUGUUGUUAUGGUGAACACGGGGACCAACGAAGAACAGCAACAGCAACCAGGAGAUGAAAAUAAUGUGGCUUCACGUUCUACGCAACGUCGACGGCAGAUAACAGUGGCGACAACGGGCAAUAUAAGCGAUACAAAUGAUGUUGAUGAAUGGGAGACAGCAUCUGAAGGGUCAUAUUGUUCAGAAAAUGGUCAUACUAACAACAAUCCAGCAACUAUGUCGUCAACUGCUGUUACUUCUGGCGCUGCUACAAACAAUCAGAAAGAAUUUCCUCAGGCUUCCACUUCCUAUCGUAUAAAAAGUGAUCUAAAAGCUUCAGAUAAUACUACAUCAUCCUCUGUUGUCUCCAAAAAUCAUCAGGUAUCAAGUUGUCAUGUUGCUGAGGGAGCAACAACACAUGCUCAUCGUGAUCAUGAUGACGAUGAUACAGGAGGUGGGGGUACAGGGGCUGGACCUGCUAACCAAACUGAAGGCACUGGUAAUAGUGGUGUGUCAACAUCUCCAUCAUCUUCAAAAAAGACUGAGAAAUCUUCGCGCUUCUCACGGACCACUGGGUCGAGUAAUCAUCAGCAUACUUACACUACUGCACAUCGUAGUUAUCCACGGAUUUCAAGAACCACCAGUACUAAUACUGCCUACAACAAUCAUGCUAAUCAUCAUAGACGAAAUUAUGAUAGCUAUGACUAUUACUACUACGGCUACAACUAUGACUACUACUAUAACGAUCACAGGUAUUCAACAAUACCACCGUUAAUGUCUGUUAAACCAAAUGUUUCCUUAUCAGAAAAUACCUACGAUUUAGAUACAUGGACUGCUAUUAAUGGUAAGCGUUCUUCUGAUGAUCGUAGAAGUGAUACAAAUGGCGGGACUACUACAAGAGAUGUUGGUCUCGAGAAGAAGCCUACACAAUCAUCGAUUGAAGAAGAAAAUGAGCAGCUCAGCAAACAAUUUCAUCAACCUGUUGAUGCUGAUUAUGAUAAUGACGAUGUGGAAGAUACUUCAUUUGUGAGUGGCGAUGGAUUUACUAAGGUGGUUUCAAAGUCGAGUAAAUAUUUUGCCCGUCGAAAGUUGCAGCAACAACAACGAAAAGAAGAAGGGGAAGGGUUAGUUAAAGUCACCUCUAGUAAUAGCGAAGGCAGACCGAAAAAAUCUGGUACGUCGUUAUAUAAUACAAAAACGCAUAGUAGUGCUGUCACACGAACGGUACCGUUGGCAUCUAGUCGUGCACAAAAUCAGGUAGACACGAUGAUGACAACGACUACUGAUUCCAAGAGUCUGCCGAAUGGAUUAUCUUCAGUGAAGAAAAAAUAUCUACCAAGUAAAAUAACAUUUAUGGGUCCACCAAUGUCAUGCUUAGAGGUAUCUGAGAACGUUGGUAAUUCUAUAACAACAACAGCUUAUAAUCAGCCUAUUACAACAUGCAAUAGUGCCUGUACUAUUUCAACUACAACCACUUCGUCAGUUUUGCAGAAAAUAUCGAUUUCAACCACAGCAACGACAACAACCACGCGUACAUGGUCAAAGGUAGUUGGAACAAAGUUUGCUAAAUCGCCCCAGUCAACAUCAGCACUAUCAGCAAAUCCUAUUGAUGAAUCAACUCAUAAAGCCUUGUCAUCAUCAUCGAAUUCAGUUUGGCAAACCGAUCAAGUCAGACAAAUUGUGGGAGUGUUGAGUAGUAAUAAUACUGAACAGCAAAACACUCAUGGUGAUAGUAUGCUACCGAAGACAAACAAUAAUAGCAGCACAUCAGAUACAACAACGAAGACUAUUGCGACAACGAUCAAUAAUAUGCAGUCUUUAUGGUCAACGAAUGAUGAUUCUCUUGUUAAUAAGAACAACAACCGUUCAAGUAAAAAUGAUCUCAAUACUUCUAUUCCUACCGCGACUACGACUACUACCGUUAUUUCAUCGGCAGUCAGUCCAUCGUCGUCGACAGCCGCUGCCGCCUCUUAUUCGUCAUCAUCUCAAAUAUCGAAUAAUAUAUGCAAAGUAAAACCUCAACAACAACUGUUACAAACAGCAGCGCCUGUCUCAUCGUCCCUGGUGUCCAAUUCUAUGAUGUCUGUUAACCCACUCAGUCCAAAUAAUAUUGUCCUUGUGGAAAAUGUUACUAAUAUUUCAGCUGCUACUGGCACAGACAUGGUGAUGAUGAUGGCUUCCGAGCCAUUAGAAAGAUCAGAUUAUGAUUGUUGUAGUGAUGUUGGGGGUGGUGGUCAGCAUUCGACGAAUACAACAUUGUUAAGAUCGCAUGCUACUCCUGAAGGUGUACUGCCGUCAUCGUCUUCAUUAUCCAAUGUAUCGUUCCAACCUUGGGCAUCACCCUCACAGAGUGCAUUUUCUUCAGUGAAUAAUCCAUCUCUGUCAUCAUCCACCACUAUCCCUUUGAUGAAUCGACAUGACGCAACAAUGUUUUCAACGACACCAAAUUUAUGGCCACCAAUGCUGGAUCAACAAAAUAUUGUAGAUAUGAUGAAUAUUAGUUGUUGUCUAACAGGUGGUAGUACUUCUUCAUCGUAUGUCGGUGGUGGUCAUCCGAGUCAGUUGGUGUCAAAUGUCCUGUCAUCACAUAACACUAACAGUGGUAUCACUAUGUCAUCUCUUGAUGGUAUAAACAAACAGCCCAGUAGUAUCUCUAAUUCACCCCGGCAACAGCACCAGCAAGCACACCAGAUACAAUCUUAUCAAAAUUCUGUUUUACCAUUGACAUCUGAUCGAUUGAAUAUCUAUUCAAAUGGUCAUUAUGUAAAUAAUAACAAUAACACUAAUAAUAAUAAUUCGCCAGAGAUGCAAAAAUUGUCACAACAGAUGACGUAUGUCUCGGGUGCAGGAGCUGCAGCAACACCAUUAUAUGUUCAUCCACAGUCAACAACAAUACAACCACCAGUCAUGCCACUGACACCGCAGUCAGCACAUUCACGUUCUUUUCAUCAAUCACUUCAACCACAAAUAAGUCAAUCAAGAAAAUGUCGACAGAUGCAGCCUCAGCCAGCACCACAUAUGGAUCCGAAUACAUUCGCCGCUGCAAAUGGAUAUUCUGGUUAUCCUACAGAUUUAAAGGGUGAAUUUAACUAUCCUCCAUCUAUCGCUGCUGGUUGUUUGCCUCCUCAGCCGCCACCCCCUCCACCUCCUACUGCCGGUUUGUACUCUGCUAUUCAUGCUCAUUCACAACCACUGCAGAAUUAUCCACAGAAUUCAGGCAGGCCUAGUGUUGUUGGCUAUCCUACAACAGUGAAUUCAUGGUCUCUGUUAGGCAGUCCUUCGGCUGCCGCUGCUGCUUCAAAUAUUCAGGGUACAGGACAACCGUAUGCUCCAACUGCAGGAAAUAACGCUGGUGGACUGCUGCCUCACCCUGUUGUUCAUCAAGGUGGUGGUUAUAACAAUACACAGUGUCAUUUCCCAACUCCUAUUACGUCGAAUUCUGUCUCUAACUAUGCGAAUCAAUCAAAUUAUGUUGGUGUGAUUGGUGGCGGUCGACCAAAUACUGCGACUGCUGAUCGACAACGUAGUUUACAACAACAUCACAGUUUAUUUACUCAUCCACCGCUUCCACAAUCACCGUCAGCUGCUGCUGCAGGACAAGGACAACAACAAUCAUUCCAGCUACCGUCCAACUUUUAUCCAUCCAUUUCACCAUCUCAUCAUCAACGUGUUUCACUACAGCAAUUCAACGGUACAUCGUCACGUUCAGGACCACCCAUGAAUCCACAGGGUGGACUUUAUGGUCCUCCACCUCAAGCUGCUGCAUUUGGUGGGGCUUCUCAUCACCAUCAGCCGACACCACCUCCUCCUCCGAUGGGACAUCAUCCUCACCAUCAGUUGAAUCCUUUAGGUUUCUUCAAUAAUCCAACGUUCCAGUAUCCAACUCGACCAGAUGGACUUCAUUAGCGGAUUGACGUACAGACAAGAGGGAUCGGAUAGACAGAAUGAAUCAUCGUUUUUUCACAUUUAGACAUACAUUUUCUGUGUUUGCUCUAUACGAUUUCUCGCGACUCUCCAGUCAGCCGCCUAAAUCAUCAAUCCAUAUACUUUUAACCCCAUAUAUUCAGUGUGAAGAUAAAAAUUGUGUUGAAUGUCUAAAUGUUUUUCUCGCCUUUCUUUCUUUCUUUCUUUCCUCCAUCCACAUAAGUUUGCCUGUCGAAUGACCUUACCUUUUUUUUGCAAAACAAUGACAACUAAAAAAAACGAAACAGCGAUUGUCUGGGUUUUUAUCCGCUCGUUUUUAUCUUGGUUUGAUUCGAUGUUUGAUUGAAUAUUGUGCUUCCAAGUAACUAUGGCUUUUAAAGAAGCCACUGAGUCUUACUUCUUUGAUUUUUAUUUCACAUCGUUUAAGCUCUUCUUCCCACAGCGCACAAGUGAGAAAUCUAUUUGCAACGAUGUUGGUUUAGUAAUAAAUAGUAGUAACUGUCACCACUGUGCGUUUGGUGUCUUGCGCACUCACCUCAAAGCACUCAGACACUCUUGAAUUAAAAUUUGGCGUGUGUAGAGAUCUGUAACCGAGUGUUCCAUCUCUGUCUAACCGUUGUCAUAUAUGUUGCUACGCAUGGCAAGGUAGACUGAUUUCCUGUGUGUGAUUAACUAAUUGUCAGUGAUGAUGAUUAUGAUUUGACGAGGAUCCCCGUCGCCCCUCCGUUUCAUGCGGUAAUAUUAAUUAUUAUUUUUAGAAAAUUGUCUAUUCAAUGUGUUUUGCCUGUGAUUCAUGUGGCAGUUUUAAAAUGGAUCCAAUAUCUAUCACUAUGAUUGUUGUACACCAUUGUUUCAUUUCAGUUUUUGUUAUUUGGUUUUAUCAUUUUAAAUCUUCCCCUCUUCUUUUCUUGUUUUUAUUCCUUCCUUUUCUUCUUGUAAACAGCACAUUACAUAUGUGUGUUUGUUUGUGCAUGUGAGUGUGCGUCUUGUUUACAAGAGAAAAUAAAUUUAAAAUGUGA